AUGAUAGUCAUCAAAGGUUACAGAUACGAACUGUGGUGUAUCGCUCGUGCCGCCGGGAUUAGGUACUGUGUUGUCUACUGCGACGUGGAUGAAGCUCAUUGCAGGCAGUGGAACAAGGAACGCAGUGAUAGAUGCGAGGCUUCAUACGACGAUGGUAUAUUCGAAGAUCUGGUGAGAAGGUUCGAGAAACCCGAGAGAAGAAACCGAUGGGACUCGCCUCUCUUUGAGCUAUUCCCAUCUCGAGAAGGGAUAAACAAAUCGUCCCCUGUGAUCUCAGAGGCUGUGACUUAUCUAACCAAGACUGUUGAUUCCAAAACGCAAGACGUGAGAAUUCUCCAGCCGAGUAUCGCGACUCAGUCCGCUAGAUUCUCGGAAGCGAACUCUCUUUACGAGCUGGACAGAGCGACGCAAGAAAUCAUCAACGCGAUCGUGGAACAACAAGCGCUUGGUGGGGCUAUAUGCAGAGUCACUCUUGGCCAAGAAGUGCCUCCGAUCGAAAUCUGCAGACCGGUUGGGUUACCAGAGCUAAGGAGGCUUCGAAGAACGUUUGUUAAAUUGAUGGGUCAGUCGAGUCUGAGUGGGCCACCGUUACCAACUGAUGCAGAUAGCGCAAAGAGACGGUUUGUGGAUUACUUGAACAGAGAGUUUGGUGGUCAUAACGCUUGA